GGACGUUCUACAACGAAUGCUCGCGAGAGGGCGCCGGGAGCGCCCGCACCGAGUGCCGUCCAACGUCACGUCGAGGGCUGGGGGCACCCGGGCGAAGACUCGGGCGGGUAGAAGCGCCCCGCAACCUUGCCUCUGGGGCCACCCCACACCUAGGGCUCAGGGCGGGAUACUCUGCACCCAUUGAUCUGGGAUGCACCAGGGAGUGCAGGAGGACUCAGGAACACCUCCAGGAAGGACUAGGGGUGCGCGGGGACGUGUUCCCAAGUGGACCGCGACUGUUGUUCCUUCCGUUUGCUUGAGGGUGUGAGAGCCAGGACCACCUCUGCAGUGAGGAUUGGCCACCCUCAUACAGGAAGGGGUGAGCGGUGCUGGGAAUCGGGUCACUAGUACACAGACGUCACCCGGGACGCAAGGACAUGUUCCCCAAUCGGUUGGGACUCCUCCAAAGUCAGUCUUCUUUCCUCGCGCUCGCCCCCGCCGGACCUGAGGCGUCCCAGUGACAGAACCCGGAGAACUGACAGCUAUCCAAAGGGAGUGCUCGCGCCAGCUCUGCUCGCUAGCGCCACCCGCUCCGGAACCUACGUGCUGGGUGUACAUCGUGGGGACAAGGAACAAAGACGGACCUGCGCCGGAAGUGAGGCGCUUAACGCCCGCGGCCGCAGGUAUGGCGCAUAUCACCAUUAACCAGUAUUUGCAGCAGGUAUAUGAAGCCAUUGACACCAGAGAUGGAGCAUCCUGUGCAGAGCUGGUGUCUUUCAAGCACCCUCAUGUUGCAAACCCACGACUCCAGAUGGCCUCUCCGGAAGAGAAAUGCCAGCAAGUUCUGGAGCCCCCCUAUGAUGAAAUGUUUGCAGCGCACUUAAGGUGUACCUAUGCUGUGGGGAACCAUGACUUCAUAGAGGCGUACAAGUGCCAGACAGUGAUAGUCCAAUCAUUCCUUCGGGCAUUCCAGGCUCACAAAGAAGAAAACUGGGCUCUGCCUGUCAUGUAUGCAGUAGCACUUGACCUUCGAAUAUUUGCCAAUAAUGCAGAUCAGCAGUUGGUGAAGAAAGGCAAGAGCAAAGUUGGAGACAUGCUGGAAAAAGCCGCUGAGCUGCUAAUGAGCUGCUUCCGCGUCUGUGCUAGUGACACCCGUGCCGGCAUAGAGGACUCCAAGAAGUGGGGGAUGCUGUUCCUGGUGAACCAGCUGUUUAAAAUCUACUUUAAGAUCAACAAACUCCAUUUGUGUAAACCUCUGAUCAGAGCCAUUGACAGCUCAAAUUUAAAAGACGACUAUAGCACUGCACAGAGGGUCACGUACAAAUACUAUGUUGGGCGGAAGGCCAUGUUCGACAGUGACUUCAAGCAAGCUGAGGAGUACCUGUCAUUUGCCUUUGAGCACUGCCAUCGUUCCAGCCAGAAGAACAAAAGGAUGAUUCUGAUCUACCUGCUGCCAGUGAAGAUGCUGCUGGGUCACAUGCCAACCAUUGAGCUCCUGAGGAAAUACCACCUCAUGCAGUUUUCAGAAGUGACCAAAGCCGUCAGUGAGGGCAACUUGCUAUUGCUCAAUGAGGCACUGGCAAAGCACGAGACUUUCUUCAUCCGCUGUGGCAUCUUCCUCAUCCUGGAGAAGCUAAAGAUCAUCACGUACCGGAACCUCUUCAAGAAAGUGUAUUUGUUACUGAAAACACAUCAGCUGUCUCUAGAUGCCUUUCUGGUCGCCUUGAAAUUCAUGCACGUGGAAGAUGUGGACAUUGACGAAGUCCAGUGCAUUCUGGCCAACUUGAUAUACAUGGGUCACAUUAAAGGCUACAUCUCCCAUCAGCAUCAGAAACUGGUCGUCAGCAAGCAAAACCCUUUCCCCCCACUGUCCACGGUGUGCUAAUGUGCAGGCCCUGUAGGUAGAGGUCAGUGCUGCUGCAGCUUCCUCUGCGGCCCAAGGCUUCUGGUGCUUCCCAGGGCCACCGAGGCUGUCGCCAGCACCUACCUGACUAGCCGUGCUCUCCACUGACUCAUUUCAGCUUGGCAAACCUGGAAUUCUUUGGGGACAAACACCUGUGCUGCUGGCCUGUGGUGCUGUGAACUACUGGGACGGGAACAGCUAUGCUUCAGUUUUAUGUGUUGUUGACAGAGGCUGUUUUUGUAAUGUUUUAUAGCCUUUCCUUUCUUUCUUUUAAGAAAAGGUUAUCCAAAUUUAUACAAAUGAUGCAUUUUUUUUAUUGUAUGUUACAUGAUAUGUCUGUUUUCAUACUCAAACUCUAAGCAUUUUCUGAGCUCAAAAUGCUUGGUUAACUUGAGGCUUCUUUUUAAAGUAGGAUAUAGGGGCUGGAGAGACGGUUCAGCAGUUAAGAACAAUUACUGCUCUGUCACAGGACCUGGGUUUGAUCCCAGCACCUACAUGGCAGCUCAGAACUGUCUGCAACUCCAGUUCUAAGGGAUUCAAUGCCCUCUUCAGCUUCUGUGGGCUCCUGCACACAUGUCCAGAAGCUCACUCAGACACACAUGCACAUAUAAAUAAAUCUUGUUUUGUUUUGUG